UAACAAGGUUAAUCUUAAUCAGCACAGAGUUAUCAUCCGUCUUCUACCCUGUUUGACUACAGCAUUUUAUUUGAAAGUCCCCUCCAGCUCAACCUCAACAUGAGCCUUCGGAAACUGAGUUUCAAAUGGUUUGGCAGCCUGACCAACCUCUCUUUUCGCCGGUCCUCUGAGAAACCAGACGCCAAGACCUCUAAGUCAAAGUCUGGACUCCGAUCAGGAAGUGUACCAGAAGUUCACAGUGAAGGUGUCAUCACAGCGAGGCUAAGUCCUCUCUCUGAGACCACACUGGAUGACUUGGAGGGUAUCCGUCCUCGCACUGCCAGCUAUGUCCGUUCCAGUGAGGACUACACACAUGUGGGCACGCUGCCCCGGCUACUGAUGAGGAAGAAGGACAAGAGUACCAGAGGAUUGUCCAGCAGCAGCAAGAAGAGUGGAGUCAAAAGCGGCCUGAACAGAAGUCAAAGUCAGAGACCUGCGGGGGACCAUGAUCAUGUGGCUUUUACACACACAGGUGUAUUAUCCAAAGUGGCUGAAGGUGUGCAAGGAGUUACUGCUGACAGUGGGAUCAAAGAAGACUCUCUAACCGAUUCCAACACACAGCAUGAACCUACAGGUGAAGACAGCAAUACUUACGGCCAAAACAUCAUCUCUGCGCCCAUGGCUGCCGGUGAAGAUGUGUCGCUCUCUGGUGGCUCGAGAGCAGAACUUCAAUCAGAGGAACACGGAGCGGUGAACGCCGAGUCCAUGACAGAGCCUUCAUCUGAUCCCCUCACACAGGGGGGGGAUGCAGCCUGUGAAGAUGGAUGCUUAGAGUCUGAUUCCCCCUGUGAGCCUAAGGAUUGGGCAGGGAUAGAGCCAACAGAGGCACAAAGAAAAUCUGACAGCAUUUACAGCAUCAUGAAGCCAGCAGAGAAUCAGGACCAAUAUGUUCUGUUCUCUAAGGAGAAGUAUCUGCUGGAGUCUCCUCCCGAGAAACUGCGUAAAGAAUUAGAGGAGGAGCUGAAACUGAGCCCUGCUGACAUCAGGAGCCAUGGCUGGUACCAUGGACACAUCCCCCGAGAGGUGUCAGAGACUCUGGUCGUGCGUAAUGGAGAUUUCCUUGUGCGUGACUCUCUGACGAGUGUGGGCGACUACGUCCUGACCUGUCGAUGGGAUAACGAGGUGCUCCACUUCAAGAUCAGUAAAGUCCUGGUUAAAUCCAACGAGACAAAGGUGAAGUACAUGUUGGAGUCUGAUAGCUUCGACUCAGUCCAGGAGCUUGUGCGUUUUUAUGUGGGCCAACGCAAACCUGUCUCCCAGUCCACCGCCGCCCACAUCUACUGUCCAGUCAGCAGGACUCUCCCGCUGCGCUACCUGGAGGCGACCUUUGCCCUCUCCACAGCAAAGCAAGGAUCCUACUCUCCGUCCAGUCAGAGGGGAGCGUAUAUCAAGAGACGGAGCGUCACCAUGACAGAUGGACUGACAACUGAAAAGAUGAUACCUCACAGCCCGUCAACAAUCCACCACCAUAAAGACGCAAUGCGGAACUGUGCGAUGAGCAUGGACCAGAUUCAGGAGUACCGCUGUCCCUUGUCGCCUGUUGGAGAGACCCCACUGUCUCCCGCGUAUAGUGCCAUUACCAGGCAGAGAGCCCAUUCGGGCGGGCGGGCCCUGGCCGUCGUCCCUCCCUCCCCCGCGAUGCGUCGUUCCAGCGACCCUCAACUCAGCCCGACGGCCAGCAACAUCCCUCCAGAAUAUCCCACGCAGACCUCUCACUCGGCACACUCCUCGCCAGCCCAUCAUUCCAGCUACCAGUCGCAUUCCUCUGAGACGGCGGGGAGCUACUGUGAUCUAAGACCCUGUGUGUCCGGGCCCCCCAAACCGCCAGCUAAGAGCUAUGUAGAGAGAUUGCGAGUGGAGGAAGGAAAGGAAGGCGAGGGAAGAGAGGAAGGAGAGGGGACGUUCAGCACCCCACAGGUGGAGACCACAUCCUCAUUCAGGCCUUCCAGGUAUGAGUCUUGCCUUCUUCCAACUGAGAAUAAACCUCUGGAGAUGACUGUGCUGAAGAAAGUCAAAGAGCUUCUGGCUGAAGUGGAUGCAAAGACGGCGGCUAAACACAUCACAAUGGUGGACUGCAGGGUUGCUAGAAUAUUAGGUGUAACCUCAGAAAUGCAAAGGAUGAUGGGAGUGUCCUCAGGGCUGGAGUUGCUCACACUACCGCAUGGACACCAGCUGAGACUUGACCUACUGGAGAGGUUCUACACCAUGUCUAUCAUGAUGGCCGUGGACCUCCUUGGCUGCACGGGAAGCACAGAGGAGAGGGCAGCGCUGCUGCACAAGACCAUCCAGUUAGCAGCAGAGUUGAAGAACAACCUGGGCAACAUGUUUGGUUUUGCUGCUGUGAUGAGAGCCCUGGAGCUGCCACAGAUUUCCCGCUUGGAGCAGACAUGGGUAGCUUUACGACAGAGACACACGGAGGGCGCUAUUCUUUACGAGAAGAAACUCAAACCUUUUAUGAAGAAUUUGAAUGAUGGAAAAGAAUCCAGUGUCCUGUCCAACACCUCCUUCCCCCACAUCCUUCCUGUGCUGUCUUUACUGGAGCGCGGCCUGGCUGUCGGGGAGCUGCUGGAGCCCUGGGAGAGCGCGGAGGCGGGAGUGGAUGUGGUCAUGUUCCACCUAGAGGCAGCUCGAGCCAUUGCACAUCACAGGGAAAUCUACAGGUCCAAUGCAGAAACCAAGUUGCAGGGAUUUCAGGAGCGGGCAGACGUACUCGACAUCUUCCAGACCGAGUUUCAGAUGCGACUCCUGUGGGGCAGCCGCGGCUCUGAGGGCAACCAGCUGGAGCGUUAUCAGAAGUUUGACAAGGUCCUCACAGCUUUGUCACAGAAGCUAGAGCCUCCUGCGCGUCACAGCGAGCUAUAGCGUCUGCCCUGACACGCUACACCGCCAAAACGGCCCUGUUAGCACUUACUACUCACAGUGAUGUGGUCUUGGUUGGCAGCUCGGCCCAUGAUGAUAAGAGGGGGGGGGUUUCCAGCUUGAAAACUUUGGGAGGACGGGGGACAUGAGGAGGCAGCUAAAAGAGUAUGAGGAUUCCAGAAAGCAGAGUCUCACUUAGCGCAUGUGUUGCGCUCACUGUGGACUUGAAGUAAGCUGUUUUUUGCUGUUCUUCCCUGUGAACUUGCUCUGUGCUAAAAUAUUUAAAUGCAAGAGAGAGGAGACGAGUAAAUCGGGGAAAAAGAUGGGGUAACGGGAUACCGACCCCCUUUUCUAGUACAAACAUUUUGAUUGCGCGCCCUCAGGGCUGAGCAGAGCUGCAGAAGUCGGCUUUGCUCCAGUAUAACAGACUCUCACAAAGACUGUCACACACUGUAGCCAAAACGAUCACAAUAGCUCACAUUUGUAGAUUUCUGUCUGUGUGAAUGAGAGCGUGUGUGUCUGUAAGCGAGUCCUCCAUUUUCCAAAGUCCUUAAUUUUUUUCUGUUGCUUGCUUUAUGUCUUAUUUAUUUGUUAUGAUCAAAAGAUAUCAAAACAUUGUGGACUCAGUAAACUCGUGAGAAUCUUCAGCGAGGGAACCCUGUUCAUAAAAUCUCAUCAACUAUGUAUCGAGCAGUCCCAUCGCAUCCCAUUAAAAAUGUAUCAGGCAUGCAUUAAUAAAUGUAUCCCAGAAGAAACAUUUGCAGAUGUAAUGCAGCGACUUGAAUGUGAGGGUUUUUGAGAGUUGUUAGGAAGACAAAAGCGACCUCCCUCUGUUUUGGCUGUGUAAUACAUUUGAUACUGUGUCCUGGCCAAAAAUAUUUAGCUAAAAAAUAACUACUGCAUAAUGAAGGAGAAUAAAUGGGGAUUGUGUAGACUUUAAAUUUCAUUAAAGCAAUGUUUCACUUAGUAUGGGAACAUUUAUGAACAUGUUUGGUAUGACUCUUCCUCUCAGUUUGCAAACUUGCUGAAACAAUAAAAACAGUUGUUGCAUGCUGCUAUAAAUGUUAUACCAAGUCAAAUGUUGCUUUAAUAACAACUUAAAUGCUCGUGUCAAACAUGAGAAAUACAAGAGUGACUGAAUCAAAAUGCCGUCACGUUUGGAAAAUCGUCAGGCUGAAGAAAAUCUGUCAUCGUGUUUGUUUGGAUUUUUGUCUUUUCAGUUUAAUACUGAAGUGAAACCAGGGAUGUGUACGCGGCAGCUGUGCCGCGGAGGAUGCCUUCUAAAUGUAUGAUUUUAUUUUAUGUGACAGCAAUAGAAGCAAAAUGACUAGAAUGAUUUAAUUUAACAUUUUUGCUUGAUCAGCGAGUGGUACAUUAUGGCUGUAUCGGUGGUAUAGGCGUCUGAGAGAGCUGGAGCCAAAUCUCAGAGCUAUGCAAUCGUUUCAACUAAAAGCCGAGACCCCCGAGAAGCAGGCUCCCUUUCUGGAUGUUUUAGGAAACCCUAAACCUCUUUAUCCAAGCAGGUGGAUGAAAGUCACAUUAGUCAAACAUAAAUAUUUCUGAAUAUGUUCAUUCCUUUUCUUAAAACAGCUGUACAGAUCAGACCAUGAGGUUAGUAGUUGGAGGUCAUAUGCCACUUCCUCUUAUUGUCCACCAGGGGGCGCACUUAAAUAAACAAAAAAUACCGAAAGGGAGCUGUAAAAGACGCAAACAUACAGUAUACACUGAAAUAACACAUUUAUUGUGUGUGUUUUGAGACCAAGAGGAUGCCUACUGGUUUAGGUGUAAUGAGAAUGAUGAUGAUGAUGAUGAUGUAAAAUGUUUUUAUGUGUAUGAAGUGAAAAGCAAAAUGUCAGAAAUGAUUCAGGACUCAUCUCAUGUUUUUUUACGUACUGUACAUAGCAAUUCACUUUUUUUCAAAUAAAAUGAUUGCUUGUG